CAGCCACAGGCGCUGGUUCGCGGGCUUCCUGGGGAACCUUCCCAGCAGGCCUCCCCAGGAGGGGUCUUUUCUCUUUCGCUCUCACUGCUUCCAUGCAAGUCCAGGAUCGCGCCACUGCAGGCAAGUCCCAAGUGCACUGCCAGCAAACUCCAAGGAGUGGGAAGAGAACCCAAGCGGCUCAGCUCGGGGACAACCAUCUUUCCAAGACAACAAAACCAAGAGUUCUAGACUACCCUCUCCUGCUCAUGUGACACGCCACAGAUCAUCUUUGUCCUGUCCUGUCUGCCUCUCCAGGUGUCCAGACAGUAAGCGUGCACUUUACCAGUCAUGAGCCAGCUCCCCCGACCAGUGUGCCAAGUGACCCACUAGCCAUGAGCCAGCUUCUGCUGCAGACCAGCUACACCUGUGCAUUCAACUUUCUGCAACUGCGACACCCAAAUGUCCAGCUCUUUGCAGAGAGAAUCACCUUUCUCUCUAAAGAUGGAGCCACUGCUGCAAACUAACUUCUGUGACCCUUCUGGCAAAUGCUGAAGACGGCGCAGUGGAAACAUGGAUGUGACCUCUCCGCCCCACACCUUUGGCAUGGAGAUUUACCCAGGCGCCACGCAGCUGGCAGUCUCCAAUAGCACCUCCCCGGAACUCAACCUGUCCCUUCCGCUACACGGCACUGCCCUGGUGAACCAGACAGAGGACCUCUCCGAGCACCAACAGUAUGUCAUUGGCCUCUUCCUCUCAUGUCUUUACACCAUUUUUCUCUUCCCCAUUGGUUUUGUGGGCAACAUUCUGAUCCUGGUGGUGAACAUCAGUUUCCGUGAGAAGAUGACAAUUCCCGACCUAUACUUCAUCAACCUGGCGGCGGCAGACCUCAUCCUGGUGGCCGACUCCCUGAUCGAGGUAUUCAACCUGGACGAGCAGUACUACGACAUUGCCGUGCUCUGCACCUUCAUGUCUCUCUUCCUGCAGAUCAACAUGUACAGCAGUGUCUUCUUCCUCACCUGGAUGAGCUUUGACAGGUACAUUGCACUGGCAAAAGCCAUGCGUUCCAGUCUCUUCCGAACAAAACACCAUGCCCGGCUGAGCUGCGGUCUCAUCUGGAUGGCCUCAGUCUCUGCCACGCUGGUGCCCUUCACAGCCGUCCACCUGCAGCACACGGAGGAGGUCUGCUUCUGCUUUGCGGAUGUCAAGGAGGUGCAGUGGCUUGAGGUCACCUUGGGGUUUAUCAUUCCUUUCGCCAUCAUUGGGCUCUGCUACUCCCUCAUCGUCCGGGUUCUUGUCAAAGCUCACAAGCACCGAGGCCUGCGCCCCCGGAGACAGAAAGCCCUCCGCAUGAUCUUCGCCGUGGUCCUGGUCUUCUUCAUCUGCUGGCUGCCAGAAAACGUCUUCAUCAGCGUUCACCUCCUGCAGCGCACACAGCCAGGGGCUGCUCCCUGCAAACAGUCCUUCCGCCAUGCCUACCCACUGACUGGCCACAUUGUCAACCUUGCAGCUUUCUCCAACAGCUGCCUGAACCCCCUCAUCUACAGCUUCCUCGGGGAGACCUUCAGGGACAAACUCAGGCUGUAUGUGGAACAGAAGACAAACUGGCCAGCUGUGAACCGCUUCUGCCACGCUGCCUUGAAGGCAGUCAUUCCAGACAGCACCGAGCAGUCAGACGUCAAGUUCAGCAGUGCCGUGUGAGAAGCCUCCCCAGCAGAGACCCAGCUGUGGUGCUACUCACAGGAACUGCACACAGGCCAAGGUGGGCCGGAGGCAUGGGUCAAGUCACGGUCCCAAACCUCAGUGCCUCAUGAGGGUCACACCAGCUGGGUUGCCCUUGGGACCCCUAGGGAACCUCGCUCCAGGCCUUCCUGAUUUCAUCCUGCUCACAGACCUACACAGAUCCCAGUGCUCAUGACUGCAGGUCAUGUGACUGACCUCAAAGGACACCAGAACCAGUUUGUCCUCAGCUCUCUCUACCAUACUAUUUCCCCAGUGGAAAAUGAUUCUGCCAUUGACCGAUGACAGCCAAAAGGAGGGAGGCAUUCUGGGUGAAGAAUCUUAGUUACCAGUAAAUCUGCAACACACCUGCCAACCUGAGGGAAAAGGAAAUUGGGAGACCGAAUCUGCUCAACAGACCUGAAUUGGAUCUCAUGUCUGUGAUGUGUAACUCACCAUGCACAUGCAAACUAGUCCACCCUAAGUCGAAGGGGAAAAGAAAACGUGUCCUGCACAUACCUGAGCAUCCGUCAUCUCUCGGAAUGCUGCACUGCUGCCCCCUGGCUGGCGCUUGUAACGACUGAGCAAUCUGCGCAGAGCUAGGAAGGGCCUCUAAUGAAAUACCUGCUCAGAGAAGCGUUGAGGUGUGUGAUUGUUUACGACAGACUUGACAAUUAUGUGAACUUGGAUGGAGACCAUGAGAGCUGCGUGCAGUUUAAAGGGACACACACAGAAACACUUUGGCAUGUGUGGAUGAAGAAUCUGCCUCUACAAAAUAACCGUAGGAACAAUGACAAUGGCAACAUAAGCAGUUCUCAAUAAAAUGUAACCAAAAAAAAAAAAAAAAAAA